GGAGGGAGAAAAACAAAGGGUCUGUGUCUGUCUGUUUGUAUGAUGCUUUUGCCGGAGACAGAACAGGAACGGAGUCUUAGAACUUAGUACAGAUUCUCACACAUCAGACUUUUCCAUGAGUGGAGAUGGAGUUGGCAUAGAUCAAAUGGAAGGACGCUUCUUUACAGUCCUUAAUGCAGUGAAUGUCUGAGAGUGGGCAUAGAUCUUCUUUUAUACAAACCUCCUGGCAGUCCUCCUAACACAUUGCUCAGAAUUUGAGGCCUCAGAUUGCAAACCCCAAACUUGCUACAAACAAUCCUACCCUUACUACAAUUGCUCUAGAGAAACCUUUCUGUAUGUUUGAUGAUUCACUGUCUCCAGGUAGCUCCUAUAUGGUCUACUUGUAUGCAAUGGCUGACUCUGCAAGCACUGUAAGCUCAGCUGUGAUUGACAAUAGCAGUAAACCUCUCAACACCACUUUCCAAGACACCAACGGAGGACAACUUGGACCUUACAGGGCUGCAUUGUUUAAUGUGCCCAAUUGUGCAUCACCCCCCAUGCUAGCUGAUGUUGUAAAUCUGAAAAAAGUUUCAGAUGUCUUGAAACAAUACCUCUUCAGAGUGGGAGAUGAUGUGACUUGUUUAUAUGACCCAAACUUCCCUGGUGCCUGUAACCCACCUCUUGCUGAGGAUACAACAUACAGGUUUAAGUACCUCUUAGUAGAUGUGGUUGCAGGUGUUGUGAAAGACCAAACUCUCUGGUCUGACCCAAUGAAAACCAGUAGGGUAAAACAGCCUUCAACAAUUGAUACCUGGCCUGGGCGAAGGAGUGGAGGAAUGAUUGUCAUCACAUCAGUCUUAAGCACUCUUAUGUUCCUUCUAGUUGUUGGAUUUCUUGCCUCCAUAUUCUUCUUUGUCAUGGCAGCAGGAGAGGCAUCCACAGAGACCACACACGAGUCUCUGACUACCCAGCAGGGUGUACCAAGAUCUCAGGGCAGCUCUGAGGGAGUGAACCAGUGAGUCUUGAGGGAAAGAAGAGUCCAUUACCAUGGCUGAACGUCAACUGAACACCUACAAAUGUACUAAUAUUAAAGAAUUGCCCUUUUCUACUGAACUCUGAAUAGGUCACAUUGAUUAGAUACUCAAGUUCAGUAACUGAAGGUGAAUGGCACAGGUGUUCUAAACAUAUAGUGUUCUUUCAACUCCCAGAGAAUAGCACCACUAUCUUCAUUUGGCUGCAGUCACAGAUUAUGGCACCAAGUAAUCUUGUCAUUAGGCUCAUGGCACUUCUAUCCUACAGUUAACCCAUUUUUUGGUUGCAUACUUCCAAAAAUGAAGAGUGGUAGAGAGCUCUGACUCUAGAAUGCAGUUCAUAGUCCUCAGUGACUGCCCGGCUUAGUGGGAGGAGAGAGAAAAUGACCAAAUGUAUUAGUGUGGGCUAGAGUAACAUACUCACAACUUUCAAGUUCAUGCGGCUAGGGUUAUUUUAGUACAUAAUUAUCCUUGUUUAUAGGUUAGAAGCUAAAUAAGUUCUAAAGCUGAGCUCAACCUUUGAUUCUUAUUUAGCUGCUUUUACGUAUGUGAGAAUGUGAUGUAGGUAAGGAAAGGCUUUUAUAUUGAGAACAGUACUUAAUAGUGUAUGCAGUUUAGUAAAGGCUUGAUAGCAGCUGGCCUCUGAUCUGAUACAUCAAGCUCUUAGUACCAAAAUUUCUUUUAAAGAAGGGUAGAGGCAAACUAACCACCUGCUAGAAACUACAACUGAGGGAUAUGAAUGCAUAGGGCAUCAGCAACUUUCUCAGCUCUAGACAGCCCCCCUGGCACCAUCCUUACAAUUUUUUUUUUUAAAUGGCACUUCCCUGCAAUGGCCAGACUUCAGGUCUCUAGUUCUACAUAACUGUGGACUAGCACUGGUAUACAACACUAAAGCAUUUCUCUCUUAGUAGAACUAGGCAACCCUACUUCUUAUGGAAGUUCUUAGUGUCCAACUCCCUAGAAAAUCUGGGCUGUAAAUAUUCAGAGAGCUUCUAUCUCUCUCCAGGAUUAGUGUUCUCAACUAAAAUAGUGGCUGGAAGUUAUGCUGCCUGAGAGACAAAGUCACUUUUAAUGAAAGCUGGGUGAUGGAAUAUGUAGCCUCUACUAUUGAGAGCUAGGAUAUCCUUGACACUUCAUACACCAUGACAGUGGAGGGGGGUUUGGCUGGUUCCAUCAGCUGCUAAUCCUACUAUAGUAACAUGAACUCUUUAAACAGCACAUUCUCACCUUAUACUGCUGGAAGCGAGCUGGUCAUGUAUUUCUUUCCUUCACUACAAUUCUGUCCCACUGACCAGUAUAAGUGGAAAAAUUAUACUACCAUUGAGUUUCUCCUCCCACUAGCCUUCCCAAGUUGCACUGAAUAUGUCUCUAGCUUGAAGCCUUCUCAUAAACUCUGUGUACAUAAGCAACUCCUACUGUACCCAACUAAGUAUUCAUAACAUUCACAUAGCUGUCACUGACAUAAUAAAUUUGUCAUAGACUAGUGAUGAAGUCAGUUUAAGCCUGUCUCGGUUUAGCAAAUAUCAAUCUUUUUGCAGCCACCAGUAGAACGGGUGGCUAAUAAACACAUCACUGGCACAAUUACCCAAGUCUUUGUUAAUUUUACAUUAAGAUAUAUUGAAAAAAAACAGCAUAUUUUUUCUGGUUUUUAACAGUUAAACUCCUUAGAGAAGUGUACAAAGGGCAUUCUUUUAAUGUAAAA